UUUGAAAAAACUGGAUUUCCUGGAGUAAUCGGCGUUCUUGACGGAAGUCACAUAGCUAUUUUUCCACCACACAGUGAAAGAGAACAUUUAUUUAUUAACAGAAAACUGUAUCAUUCCAUAAAUAUGAUGAUUAUUUCUUCAUAUAAUAGUAAAAUAUUGGCAGUAAACGCAAUGCAUGGAGGAAGAACACAUGAUUCAAGAGUUUUUCAAUCUUCGAGUAUUUUUUAUUAUUUACAAAGACAACAAGAAGCAGGUGAAAAAAGUUCUUGGCUUAUANGAGAUGCUGCAUAUCCACUCAUGCCAUUUCUUUUGAAACCGUUUAAGAAUCCGCCAGCAGGAUCACCGGAAGCAAACUAUAAUGAACACAUAAUUAAAGCACGUUCUGCAGUAGAAAGAUGUAUUGGAAUUUUAAAAGGACGAUGGCGUUGUUUAAGAAAAGAAAGAGCAUUGCAUUAUAAGCCAGAAUUUGCAGCAUAUAUUAUAAAUGCGUGUUGUAUUUUGCACAAUAUUGCUAUAAAGUGGAAAAUUCUUCCAGAUGAAAUAUAUUUGGAAGAAGUGGAUUAUGAGUUACCAUUACUAUAUGAUAAUAUAAAUAAUACUGCAGAACAAAUAAGAAGAGACAUUGUUCGGUGGUAUUUUGCAGAAUAAUUUUAUUGUUCGAUG